CCUGAUAAGCACUAGUCUGUAAAAUAUCUUUAUAUAAAUUAUAUAUCUUUUAAUGGAUAAAAUGAAAUUAGUAUUGUUUUUAGGAUUGCUACCUUUAUAUGUAUCGUGUUUUCAUGAGAAAAAUGCAUCAGUUAUUUGGGAUGUAGAAAAAAAUAAAUUUCUUAUAAAAAAUUCCAUUGUACAUUCCUCGUGUGUGGCAUGGGGCAGUUUACAAGAUGAUAUAUCCAACAGCGGAUGGUCGUAUUUGGAAGUUCACACCAAUCCAUCGUAUUCGGAUUCUUUCCAAGCUUAUGCCGCAGGUUUGGUCGAAGGAUAUUUAACAGCUGAUCUCAUCUCUAAACACUGGAACAAUUUGUAUCUAAAUUAUUGCAAAAACGAAAAAGAAUACUGCGAUAAACUUAAAAGAUUUUUAGAAACAAACAUGGAUUUCAUGAAUAAAAAUAUUCAGGAAAACAAAACUUCCUACUGGAAACACGUUGCAUUAGUACUAGAACAAGUGAAAGGUUUGCAAGAUGGAUAUAAAGGAACUCCAUCCUUACCUGAUACCAGACCAGAUAUCAUGGGAGUAAUGUUAUUCAAUCUCUUUGGUGAUCUAUUGGAUCUCGAAAUUAUAUUAAAUAAGACCGAUCGAAGUCAUAUUAUCGAUAAUGAUCAUUGUUCCGCUUUAAUUAAAUUCUUGCCAGGAUAUAAAGAUUUGUAUGUAGCUCAUGACACUUGGAAUAAUUAUACGACAAUGUUGCGCAUUCUUAAGAAAUAUGUUAUGCCUUUAAGGAUUAAUACCACUGAAAAUAGAAAAAUAAUACCCGGACAUACGACUAGUUUCUCCUCUUAUCCUGGAUGUAUUUUUUCUGGAGACGACUUUUAUAUCAUAUCCUCUGGACUGGUAGCAUUGGAAACUUCAAUCACAAAUACAAACACCAGUUCAUUUCAAUAUGUAAAACCAGAUCGUGUGGUGUUAGAAUGGAUUCGUAGUAUUGUGGCUAACAGAUUGGCUACUGGAGGAAGAAAUUGGGCUUCCAUUUUCAGUUUAUUUAAUAGUGGAACAUAUAAUAAUCAAUGGAUGAUUGUAGAUUAUAAAAAGUUUGUUCCCAAUAAUAAACCCGAGAGUGAGUUACUAUGGAUUUUGGAACAAUUGCCAAACUGUAUCGAAAGUAAAGAUCAAACAAAUACGCUAAUUCGGCAAGGAUUUUGGCCUUCUUAUAACCGACCUUAUUAUUCAAAUAUUUUUAAUAUGAGUGGAUUUCCAAAACUGGCAAAGAAAUACGGUGAUUAUUUCACCUAUGACAGAGCACCACGAGCAUUAAUUUUCAAAAGAGAUCAGGAAAAAGUUACCGAUUUAAAGACAAUGAUAAAUCUGAUGAGAUACAACAAUUUCAAAAAUGAUCCACUUUCUCGUUGUAACUGUACUCCUCCGUAUAGUGCUAAUUAUGCUAUUGCUGCGCGUUUGGAUCUCAAUCCUCCAAAUGGCACGUUUCCAUUUCCUUCUUUAGAGAAUGCGGCUUAUGGAUCAAUUGACAUGAAGCUGACGAGUUACUCUAUGCAAAAGAACUACGAAUUUAUUGCAUAUUCUGGACCAACAUUUGAUCAACAACCGGUCUUCAAAUGGAGUACAAGUAUAUUUUCAUAUAUGCCUCAUUCUGGUCAUCCUGAUGAAUGGAAAUUUGAUCUUGUCCUUCAUCACUGGUUACAAUCACAAUAUUUUCAUGUAUUUACUAAUAACUAAACAAUUAACAAUGAAUAUGGUUAGAUGACUAGUCCAUUUUUUUCAAUAGUUUAUUCGAAUAUUUCGUUUUAUUAUAUUGUAAGUUAAUUAAGAUUUUUAAAAUUAUAUUCACAUUUUUUGUAUUACUUUUAGAAAUAUUCUAGUUUUAAAGUUAAUAUUAAGAUAUUCUCUUACUGUUUUAUUAUAUAUUCAAGUCAUUACUACAGCGUUUUUAUUCAGACAUUUAAAUAUACCAUGAAAAGAAAAAGCAUACAUUUAAUUUGAACUGAUUGAUGUUAUAAAACUUGAAUAUUUACCGUAUUUUUAACAAAAACUACAGUAAUAGAAUUAUAAAUAAAAUUAU